AUGAGCCAGACGCCAAGCGGAGGGGAAACACCCACGGUCAAAGGAGGAGUUAAUGACAUGGGUGAUGGCAGGAAUUGCAGCGGCGAUGGCGCAUCGCUGAGCGCUGCAGGCAGCAAGCGCUCGGCUUUGUCGGCUUCCGACGCCGAGUGUUUUUCGCUGUGCCUGGGCGCCGGGCCUCUGUGGUGGUCCGAUGUCCCUGCUCACGGCUCCGCACCGCCCGGAGGGGUGACUAGCGGGGCUUCGAGCCCCGCUACCCCAUCCACCCCUACCCACGACGACAACAAUCGUGACUUGUUGAGCGCCCUGCUAUGGGCCAGCGCCAGCUCUCUGAACGGCAGUUCGGAGAGCCUCGCCGAGCCCGCGCCGGCCGUCCGCCCGCCGCUGGACAAUGAACAUCGCGAAGCGGUUAUCCGUAAGAUCCUGGAACGCAAGGACAAGCAGCCAGUCAAAAUCGAGUUCAAGAUCUACUUGACUGAGAACACGGUCCUGCGUUGGGAAGCUGUGGUGAAAGGUACUACCAUGUACCUACGCGUUCCCGGCGUGGUGGCUGCAGGCAGCAAGGAGUCCUUCAUGCUUCUGCUGGACUUCGCAGAGGAGAGGCUCGGCUGCGACAGCUGCAUCAUCUGCGUUCUAAAGACGCGGCCAGACCGCGCGACGCUGCUUCGCACGUUUAUGUUCAUGGGUUUCCAACUUCUGCCGCCGCGCGCGCCAGCCGCCGCCGAUAUCGACAACCCUGACUACAUAUUCUUGCACUACAACAUGCAGUAGAGAAUCUACCACGGCUUAACAGACAAGAUGCUUUGGGUACUUCGCGUUGAAAUGUCGUCUCAAUUAUUACUGGCAUAAGAUAUAAAAUUACUUUUUUAAUUCAGUAUUACUUCUACCACUUUUGCAGUUUAAAAAAAAUCUUUUUUUGAAACGUAAUUUUUGGGACGGACAACUAUUCACACAUAGGUAAACUUAGUAAGCACUUUUUUGUCAGGGAUUUGGAGUAGGGCUUCAACAAGCAUGAAUUAUUAUUAGAAUAUAGUUGCUUAGUUUUUAAUGUGUAUUAUUAUUAGUGUCUUGUGGCUUUCUCAAAAGUAAAAAAUAAAUAAUAUUUUUUGCGUUAAAAAAAGAACAGUUUUUUUUUGUAAUGGAAAUAAUUUCCCAGCACUACAAUUUGAUUUUGAACCGUUUUAAGUUCUGGUAAUAAAUGUAUUUUUAAUGAAACGUCUAAAAAAAACUACCCACAUUUUUUUUAUUAACUUUGUUGAAAGUCACAAGUCUUUAAGUAUUUUAUUUCUACUAUUUCAGCUUUCAAAACGCGCUAUGGUUUUCUAGUAACACCUUUUUAGUUAACGAAACUGUAAUCGUAGAAAUUUUAAUAACAAAAAAUAUUUCUUUACUAUUAUUAUUAAAAUAUAAACCGUAUGUAUGUCGUCGUGUAUCUUAUAUUCACCCACUCCGGGUUAGAGCCAAAAAACUAAAUGAAAAGAUAAAAAAAAAAAACAAAAAAAUGUAAAAAAAUAUGAAAAAAAAAAUUGUUUGUAAAAAUAUUUCGAAAUCCAACUUCAUCACGUUAAUUUCUCACAUGCUUCACUACUUUGCAUGCAAUUUUUGACUUUAUAACUUUUGUUGUAGAGUUCAAAAUAAAUUGCAAACGUCGACGUUUCGAAAUAUUUUUUUUAUUAUUACCAAUCACAUUUCCUUUUCACUGACUUAGUAGAUACAGUGUUACUAUAAUCUUACUAUAUAAAAUAGCAUGUAAGAGGUUUUAUGUUUCAAAUCUUUUUUUUAGUCUUAAGAUAAAAACAAAGCCAUGUUUUUUACAACAAAAAAAGGUUUUUAUCCAAAAAAACAUCCGCCUUUUUUAACAGAUUAAGUUUUCUACUUGCGGAUGCGAAAAAGUUGCAAAUAAAUCUCAAAAUUGAAUUCCGUAUUUUUGUUGUAAAUUAUAUUGUUUAGUUUCAAAUAUUGUUAUGUUACUAGUGUUAAUCCGUCUGCUGAUUCCAUCUUGCUACAUUUUACUUUCCAAUAAACGGAUAGCCUAGUUCAUAUUUUACAUCCUUACCUCGAAAGAAGUCCGCGGAUUUUUCUGGAACUACAGGGGGGCUACUCCGAAACGACGUUUUGAUAGUUUCGGGUCUGCUGUCACCGUCCCUCUUACUGGCAACUCGCUUUGUAUGAAAGGGAUGGCAACAUUCGAAACAUCGGAUAACGUUUCGGAAUAGCCCCGCUGAAACGUAAAUGUCAAAAUGUGCAGAUUUUUUUAAUUCGAUUCCUUAUUAUGGAAAGGCAAAGGCAUACGCCAUUCAGCCAAAUGUGCAUAAUCUAUAGAGCUUCUUUCGCGAUAAGGACUAUAGUAUUUAAUUUUCACAGCGAACCCCAAGCAUACAGUAUUUUUUUCGGAAGUAUUACUUGAACGAUCUUCGAUUUGCAUUAUUACCGGGGCCGCUGUAUGUAGUUUAAUGUAAUAUUAAUGUAUUAUUGACAAACGAUUAAAGUUAAUCUUAAUCA